AAGUGCCCGUAACUUCCGUUUCUAAUGACAACAACAUCGUCUGCUAUCUGCUCGCUUGUCGUGAAGCCAUGUAUACAUCAAAGGUUGAGGGCAAGCGGCGACCAAAUUGGUCGGAGGAAGAAAAAACAUCUUUAGUGGAGGAAGUCAGUAAAAGAUUGGAUCGUCUGUCAUCUAAGUUCAAGGGGUGUGGCUCCAUCAAAGGGACUAAGAUGAAGGAGCAAGCCUGGAUGGAGAUAGCCGAAGCUCUCAACAUGAAAUCCAAUUUUGUAAAAAGAACUGUGGAGGAGGUGAAGAAGCAAUAUGCUAAUAUAAAGCAGAGAGGUAAGAAAAAGUAUUCAAUAAACAAUCAUAAUUGCAAAAGGGAAAGUGACUGAUUGGAAAAUAACAAUUAAUAGAAGACAUACCUUCACUGCCUUGUAUAACAAUUUCAAGUACAGACUGAAGGCCCAUACACAAUAUAAUUACAAAUAUUAAUAAAUUUAAUAUACAAAUAAUGAAUGAAGUGAAUGAUACUUGACUUGUCAUGAAU